UAAAAUUCAAAUGGAAAAUGAAACAAAUUCUCAGCACUCCUCAAUGCCUCUGAUUUCUAGGUUGGAUCAUUUGGAUUUCAUCAUGAAAUAUUUAGAAGGCAAAAUAAGUUUGCAGAAAGAAAUGGAAAAAGCAUGUUUGCCAUUGGAUUUGGCUAUGAGGGAAGCUUACUUCAAAGGCUCCUUGUCGGACAGGGUCAAGUCUCUUGAACAUAGACUUUUCCAGUUAUGUUUGGAUUUGGAAUCCAGCAGCACAUCCAGCACUUCGACGUCGACAUCUGGUUAUGCGUCUUCCAGCCGAGGAUCCAGAGGGCAAUCUGUUCCUCGCUCAUUACCGACCUUCAAUUCGAAUCAACUUCACAAGCAACCCCUGCUGUCCAGGUCUGAGAUUAAGGAAGAAUCAGAAACAAUGUUACCACAAAAGAAGAAGGAUCCGAAUCCUCUCAAAGGAAUCGAAAGGAGCAGAAAGAAAGAAAAAGUAUGCAGCAAAAGUGGGAAAAAGUUAUCUCCCAAGUGGUCACAUUGGAAAAUACUGGGUUGCUAA